AUGCUGCCACCGCGAAAUGCCAUCGGUCGAAUACCGAUUCAUGUUGGAUCGGUUUCUCCACGAUCAAGUGGCCCGAAAAUCCACCUACGACCUUUCACACAACGCACACAACUCCUCCUCUCCCCACCACCAGGCAGACCUCAACUUCCAUUUCUAUCACCGCUAGCGCCAUCUCGACCCCUCCCACCACUUUCCAUUCACCUGCGCAAGCACUUUGGACGACUCAUCUCCACCGAAAGUCGCGAGGGGUAUAAGCGUCGCCUUGGCCGCAGUCUAAAGGUUGGCAUUUCAUUCGGCGCCAUCCUGGUCCUUUUCUCCAUUAUCCAGCUAGGCGUCUACCAAGAAGAUAUUGAGCACCAAUGGCCCACCCCACCGGAAUGGUCCUGGAAAAGUCGUUGGUCCCUGCGCUCAGCACAGGCGCUCCAGCAUCCCGACUACAUUGGAAAGCUUAUGACCAACUGGCCCAUGGUAGCCGGGUACAUGGCUGAACUACUGGAGCGGCUAGAGGAUGUUCAAGGUGAAGGCAAGGGAAUUGUCGAACUUUACGAUGGUGGUCUCCUUGUCGAGGGUGUUGGGCGCAUGGGCCUCGAUAUCUCUGCCAAAAGUGAGCCGUGGCGACGGGGAUACUUCCAGGCUCUGAUGGGUGCUGCAAAGGCAGCCGAAAACUUGGAUGGCUGGGUGACGGAUCGCAGGCAGAAGAUUUCGGCGCCUGCGGACUAUGUUGUUGGGCCAUCCAAUCCCAGGCCUAAGCCUAUGCCUGCCGGUCAGAAGAAGGUGAUUCAUGAGGAGGACUGUGAACGAGCGUCACCACCGCCGGAGACCUUUUACAUGAAGGUCCUUACAACGAAAGGAUUCGAUACAAGGCAGAAGCUUGACGCUGCACUUGCGUAUGCUGACUGGUUGGACUUCAAGGGUCUGCAGGAGACAGCGAGGGAUAUGUAUGUGUGGGCCAUGGAUAUUGCUGCGAGUGGAUUUGAAGGCGAAGCCAACAAGAUUGUGGAUCUCAAAACCGGCGUACUGAAAAACAAUCCUACCGAUCUACCAUCCGAGAAUAUUCUGCGUGUGUCGACUGCACUUGCCGUUCAUAAUGCUCGCCAGCGCAACCUCCCUGCUGCGCUCUCUAUCUUCACCUCCGUCCUCAAGGCGCGCCGGAACCUCCCCCUCUCGUCCGACUCCUCCCUGAAAUUUCCUCUCCCCACUCCACCCACAACAUCCUUCAAUGAUCCCUUCUCUGCUCUCUUUAAAUCCCUCAAAACGGUUCUCAUACCUGUCGAAUACCCACCGCCCCUCCCUUCAGGCGAUCAGCCACCUCAUCGAACCGCCAGCUCCCCCUGUGACGAAGCAGGCCUAAUGACCUACAUCGGGGAAAUCAUUUACGCCUCCUCAUCUCAUGACGAGGGCCUCGCUUGGACACGUGAUGCAGUCGAGAUUGCCGAGUCGACGAUGCUGAGUCUCGGCUCGAACGAAAAGGCAGUGCGCGCACAGUGCGCGCAAUGUCUGAAGGUUGGGCUGGAGAAUUGGAAGACUAUGGUUUCUGCACUUGUUGCGCGUGCUCAGAAAGAAGAAACGGAAAGCCUUGAGCAGGCCAAGAAGGCCUGGUAUGGUGGUGAGCGUCAUGCUAAGAAGAAGGCCGAGAUAUCGAGAAGGUGGAAGGCUGAGGAGGCAAUUCUUGAGGAUCGGAUUCGGAACCUUUUCCCGCUACUAGUUGGGGAAUCCGAGUUGGAUUCAUUAUCACCAAACAGUUCUUUGUUCUUGUAA